AUGGCUGACGCAGACGCUACUAUCCUUCCUCUCGAAAGUUUCCCUCUAACAAUAUUCGUCGUAUCACUCGUCGGUCUUUUCAUCUCAACAAUCACCAUAGCAGUGAGAACGUAUGUCAGAAUCAAAGAAAAUGCACUUGGGUGGGACGAUAAGUUGAUAGUCCUGGGAUUGAUGGUUUUCAUCGUCGAUGUCAGCCUAGCUUGCCAUGGCACUCGAGUUGGCCUCGGCUCACACAACAGCAGACUAAACGCAUACUUCGAGGUACAAGGAACGAAAUACCUAAUGCUCUGGAUGAUGCUGUACGUCUUAGGUCUCGCAAUUAUCAAGAGCUCCAUUUGUGUGACGCUCUUGCGUAUUGCUAGCUCACAUAAGGUAUAUCGGUUUUUUGUGUUGGGCUUACUUACUCUCACCAUCGCCACCUUCUUGGUGACUUUCAUUGGGAUUCUACUUUUAUGUCGGCCUGUGGCUGCAAAUUGGGAUACGUCAUUGUUAGCAGAUGGAAAGGGGACAUGUUCGGGUAUGGGCACAAUGAUUGCAUUGAGUUACACCUCAACAGCUUGUACCAUUGUGACAGACAUGGCUUGUGCGAUAUUCCCGGGCGUUAUGCUAUAUAGGACUCAAAUGCCAUUGGGAAGGAAGAUAUCUGUGGGCUUGCUUCUGUCCUUUGCUUCUGUUGCUUCGAUAUCCACCAUGAUCCGUUCACCGUACAUCGAACACUAUCGCACCCCAACAGACAACCUGCUUUACUAUACUGGCUUCAUCGUUCUCCUAUCCAACAUAGAAACCGCCAUUGGCUGCGUAGCAAGCUCACUCCCAACGGUGGGUCGCUUUAUUGUUCGCAACAGAGCUAAGAAAAGUUCCGCUUCGAGGUCGCAAGGCGCCAAGGACAUUGUCACAUAUGGCAGUGCACCCAUCAGUGGUCGACAUAAUGCCAAAGGUCGAGUGUUCCGCAAUCCUACCGAUACCGGCACGACAUUUACCACAGUCCACGCGCAUGGAGAUGGAGAUUGGAGCAGACUGCACGACGCUGAUUCCGAUCACAUCCCGAAUCUAGAUGCUGAGCACGGGGUUGCCACUGAUGAUACUUAUCAGGUGGAAUUGUCAAAGUCGCCAAAACAUACCCAGUCUGAAUCUGUCAGGGAGCUAGCUCACGAUGGCUCUUCGCAUUAG